AUGGGGGAGAAUAAAGAUGUUUUAUUUGGCUACCCAUGCAGACGUCACAGCUGUUCUGUAGUAAACAUCCCAACACCAUGUGUAAACAAAAUGAUUUCUCAUAUUCAGGAUGUGGAGUCUAAAAUACAGGAGUAUUUGAAACAGUUUGAAACAGCAUAUGGAGAAUGGAGUGCAGCUUCUUCCACAAAAGGAGUGACAGAAGAUUGGAGUACAAGCAUUGCUGCGUCAGAGGAAAAGGUGAAAACAGAAGUGGAAGAUGAAAAGUGUCCAGAAAUAAAGCAAGAGAUGGGAACAUUGUUGUCAGAGGCCAUCCAUCUCAUUAAAAGCCUAGAAACUGACCGUGCAGAAGCUGAAGAAGCUUUAAGACAACAAAAAUUGAGAAAGCAAAAGAUUAACAUGAAAAUUGACUCUUGGUCAAUCUGGAGACUUCAAGAACUCCCCUCAGCUGUGCAAAAAGAACAUGAGACAUAUUUGAGAGAUAUUAUAGAACUACGAUGGCAUCUUGGAGAUAAAGCUCAUCAACUAGAAAAUUUAAAGGAAGAAAAGACAAAGUUAGAAGAAGCUAAUGCAAAGAUCCAAGCAGACAUAGACUAUAUAAAUGAGCACGCCCCUCUCCUGGACUCGAAGCAGAAGCAGGAACUUGAAGCUCUGAGGGAAUGUUACUUAAAAAAAUUUGAGGUAAUGGAAAAGUACAAAAAUGUUCAUGAAGAACUUGAAGAAGCUACAGAAAACUGUCAAAAUACCAAACUGAAUGCUGAACAAAUUAAAGCAGAAAUGGAUAGAGAUAUUCAACAGAAUGAAACAGACAUGGAUAACUACAAGAAACAGAUAGAUAAACUUUGUGAUCUCUGCACUUACUACUCUUCAUCCAUAGAAGAUGUUAACAUUGAUAUUGAGGAGAAGGAACAGGCAGCGACUGAGGCAUUGAAGGAAACAACGUCAUCAACAAAUGAAUUAGCUGCUUUAUCAAAAAAGUUGGAGGAGGUCAGACAAUGCCAACCCCUUGACCUUUUUGCACUUCAGUAUGGAUUACAGCUCAACAUAAACAAAACAAAAAUCCUUACAACUGAACAAAUAAGGAAAAAGGCAGAAUAUGAGUUUGAAGUCCAAAGUUUGUUGAAACUGAAGGCAAAUAAUAAUGAAUUCCUUAAAGAGCUAUACAAGGAAGCUUAUAACAUUGGUGCUAUUUUCCACAUAACCAAAUUUAAAACAGACGAACUGGAAGGGAAAAUAGCAGAAGUCAGAAGAAAAUUUAAGGGUAGAGAAGAUAACUUGAAAAAACUCAUUCGAAAUGAAGUGUCUACUACAUUACUGAUUCAGAAAAACCUGUGUUGUGUUCAAGACGCCCAGGGAAAGGAGAGGCAGGACCUCACAGAUAAGAAAACCCUAUAUGCCCUAACAUUGACACAAUUGGAGGAACCGCUGGUUGAACUAGAAGAAGAAGCCAUCAGAAUCAGAAGUCUCCAUGAGGAACACUCUGACAAACUUAAUGAAAUAAUGGAGAAGAAAAAACAUAUUAAAAGAAAUGUGGAAAGAACAAGGAAAAAGUUGAGACUACAGGAGAAGAAAACCCGUGAGGCACUAACACAAACAGAGGAAAAACGCUCAACAAUUUUUAAAGAAAUAAGUGAAACUAAGAGUAAAACAUCAAUUUUUCAAAGCAAAAUAAAUAAAUUGAAUGAGGAAUUUCUAUUAAAGGACCAGGAAAAGAAAAAUUAUGAUAAGAUACUUGACAUUUUAAAUGAAAAAUUUCUAAGUAUAAGAUAUAAAAAAGAACAUGCCGAAAUUGUAUUCGAUCAUCUCAAGAAUGAGAGGAAAUCCUGUCAAGAGAGACGAUAUGAGGAAGAAGAGAGAUUUAAAGGGCUCAUUUGCAUGAGGCAGAAAACUCUGAGAGACAUUAAAGAAACGCAACUUAAUUCACUACAAGAAAAUCUGUUCUUAGCUCAAGAGUAUCAGAAGGCACAGGACCUCUUCUUAAGAGAAAAGGAGAAAUAUUUCAAUAUGUAUGUUCGACAGUUGUCACUUGAUGCUUCAAUUAGAGAUACAAUACAGCUCUGUCAGCUGCAAAGAAGGAUACACAAGGUAUGGGAGACGCACUUCAAACUGGUGGCCCUCUGCAGCCGGAUGAGGCUGGCCAAGUUCCAGACAGACUCUCAAGAGAGUAUUCAGAAAAUAUUAGCUGUGCAGGAGGAAUCUUCAAAUUUAAUGCAACACAUCUUCGCUUUCUUCCAGUCUUUGACAGAUGGCCAGUGUGAAAACGAUGGUUAAGCAAACAACUAAUGUAUCUUGGAUGCUGAAAUAAAAGACAAGAAAAGUCACACAGUUCAGAUAACAGUGUAAUUGGACAUUCACCUGUUUGCCAUUUCACACUUCCAUGGACGGAAAAACUCACUCACCUCCCAGCAUGCUUUGCCACUCUUUUACUUACAGCAAAUCCAUAACAAUGAAACAGGUGACUUUCAUGCUGCUGUCAGGAACGAUCUAAUUUCAGCUCUGGGUGACUGAUUGCAAUUGGCUUUGCCUCAUCUGAUAAUUAAUCUAUGUCACCAUUAAUUGGAAGAGAGAAUAAUUACUGGCGGUGUUGACAGUGACUGUGCGCUUCCCCAGAUUUCCCCAUCGUGUUGGCCCAAAUAAAGGCUUUGCGACUCAGUACUUAAAGUUUGUGUAAACUGUAACAAUACCUAUGCCCAUGUGACAGUCUGUCUAAUGUACUUUUGUUUUUGUGUUUACCAAUCUUUUUUAGCUCACUGAGAGCUGUCUCUCUCAAUCACUCCUCAAUGUUCUAUCUUAAUUUUGUGGAAGUUUAAAGUUUUCAAUGAGCUGGAGAUGAAUGAUUAAUGAAUAAAUUUAAAUGCUUCAUUUUG